AUGCCGGAGAAUUUGGGCCAAGUGGACUGUGAUCCGGUGGGCACGCAGGAGUCCGGCACCUUGCCUCCACUGGUGGGCGAGUCCUCUGGCAAUCUUGCACGUCAAGAGCAGCAGCAGCACCAGGAAGAAGGUGCUGCUUCUCCUGCACAUACUCCUACUCCAGGAAGGUGGAGCCCACACCUCGGAGUCAAGAAGAAUAAGAAGAAAAUGCCAGAGGAUGGUAAUCAACGUGUUGCUGCUGCCAGGUCUAAUAGUGCAAGACGCAAGUUGGAUUUGGAUUCAUCAGAAUGUAAAACAUGUUUCAGCAGAGCCGACCUGAUGGGCAACUUGAAGUCCCUUGCCAAGAUUCAUGGUUUAAACAGUGAACCGACUACGCGCAAGAGGAGCAAGAGAGGGAAGAAGAGGAAACUGAUGGUAGGACACAAGGAAAGUGGUCAGCUGGCACUUUUGCCUUACCAGGCGGCAUCCUUUGCACUUGAGCCACUUCGGUAUUCAACAGAACUUGAUAUCCCAUGCCCUCAAAAUCAUGGGAAACUGCAAGCUAAGGUUUUGGGCCUUACUGAUGAAACAUUGAGGGUGUUUGCUGUUCUUACAAAGUGGGAUAGGAGCGACAGUGAGAGUUUUGAAGGGUUUGAUAUUGGCAGCGGACUUGAAUGGGAUACAACACGGCGCACGUUUGAACAAUAUGUGGAUAUAUUCAUUGCUGAAAUGUUUGAUCUAAUAGGUAAUUAUUCUGGCCCUUUAUAUGCUUUCGAUAAGUGUGUCAAGAACCAACUUAAUCGUGAGAAAGUCCAAUUUCAGCAGCGAACAGGCUCUCGGUGCUACAUUGCAUGUGCCUAUGUUGCGAUGCAAGAAAAGUAUAAAGAUACAGAGCCCACUGCAAUUGAUUUGUUCAAGGUCACACACUGCAGUAAGAAGACUGGUUUCUGUGAACCUGUGAAGAAUGCUAUUGCUUCUAUGGAAACAAUUCAGGCUGAACCACUACAAGAAGGACAGCAGCCAAAGUCUGAUAUUCAAGUUGUUGCCCAAGUUCUGCCACAGUCCAGUACAUUCCUUCAAAAUAUUGGCCUUCAAUAUAGCUCUGGAACAAGCUCAAGGGAUGUUGCUUCACAAGUGCAAGAGCUACAAGCUCAACUUGAGUCUGAGAAGCAAGAAAAGUCGGGACUUCAGCUACAAGUAGACACCUUAAAGAUGCAUGCAGAAGAAUCUGAGGCAACAAUGGCAAAGCAAUCAGAGGAGAUCCAGAAUUUGAAGAAGGCACAAGAAGAAAACAACAAUCUCCUUCGGCAGCUCAUAAGCUUCAAACAGGUUUAG